AUGGAUAUUGUCGGGGACGACUUUCCGCUGCCCCGCACCGACUACCAAAACCUGUACCUCUCCGAUGACGUGGUGCUACAAGAGGAGUGUCCCCGUGGAAGACAGAGUAAUGACCCAGUAUGCAAGAAACCGAUCCGCUUGAUGGAGACCCCAAAGACCAUCAUGUACAUUCCUUGCAACGAGCUGCAUGAUAUGGACAUUUACAUCCUGAUUCCCAAUCUGGACUCCAACAGAACGCCGAUGCUAUCGCUGGAUAUACCCCGGCAGGUUGGGAUGUGGAUGGGUAUCGACCAUGCCGCUGGCCAGGGUCUGCAAGUGCAAGUUUGGAACCCGCAAAUGUAUCUCCACCAGGGUCUGGAUGGCUCUGCGCUGAACGACCUGAAUCGGCCUUACAUCAUAUCCAUUGUGGCACUGGAUAUGCCGGUCGUGUAA